AUGUUUUUAUAUUCACGGUGUGACCAACAUGUAUGUACACGUCAUAGUGGUUUUGGUCAUGUACCUGCUUUUGCAAGUAAUAAUAAUAAUAAAACAAUAAAGGUAUCAAUUAAUAAUAAAUUUGAAAAUUCUAUUAAUUGGACAGCAAGUGAUGUAAAAAAACCUGAUAAUAUCAAUGAUUCGACAUCUAUACGAGAAGCACUUCAAUCAACUACGGUAUCAAGAUUGGAAGCAUUAGUAAUUGAUGAACAUGAACAAAUUGAUUUUGUACAAAAUGAAAAAGAACGUAAAUAUAAAAUUAAUAUAAAAACUGAUUCAAGUGGUACAUCACCAAUAGUAGUUUACGAUGACUUGAUCGAUAAUAUCAAGCUUAAUGAAACAUAUAUAUUUACUCAAGUAAAAACAAAAACAAUUCAUGACAAUAAUAUUUUAACCACCAAUUCAAAUAGUACUAUUUCUAAAACCAACAUAGUAGGUUAA